AUGGCUGCCACUACUCCCCGAGGACGUCUCCAAGGCAAGAAUGCCAUCAUCACAGGUGCAGGCGGUGGCAUCGGCCUCGAAACCAGUAUUCUCUUCGCCCGAGAGGGUGCCAAUGUCCUGAUGGCCGAUGUCUCCGAGCCCGCCCUCGCAAAGGGACUGGCCAAGGUGAAGGAAUUGGUUCCCACCGCUCGAGUCGAGUCGAUCCGAUGUGAUGUGUCCAAGGAAUCGGAUGUGCAGGCAAUGGUUGAGUCACAGGAUAGCUGGGGAGGCACCGACGUGAUUUUCAACAACGCCGGAAUCAUGCACGCCAACGACGCAGAUGCCAUCGAUACCCCCGAGAAGAUCUGGGACCUCACACAGAACAUUAAUGUUAAGGGUGUCUGGUUCGGCAGCAAGCACGCCGUCCUCAGUCUGCGUCGCCACAAGAAGUCCCGUGGCAGUAUCAUCAACACAGCUAGUGUGGUGGCCUUGGUUGGUGCCGCCACUCCCCAGCUUGCGUACACGGCGAGUAAGGGUGCGGUCCUGGCGAUGACUCGGGAGUUGGCGAUCGUUCACGCUCGUGAGGGAUUCCGUUUCAACGCUCUCUGUCCGGCUCCCCUAAACACCCCUCUUCUGCAAGACUGGCUGGGUGAUGACAAGGCCAAGCGGUUCCGCCGGGAGGUGCACUUCCCCACCGGUCGGUUUGGUGAACCCAUUGAGCAGGCUCACGCUGUGGUUUUCCUGGCCAGCGACGAGAGCAGCUUCGUGAACGGAACGGACUUUGUAGUCGAUGGUGGAAUGACCAAGGCUUAUGUGACCCCGGAGGGACCGGCAACUCCUGCCCCUCAGAACAAUGGCAAUUAA